AUGGUCAUGGCGUCGCCGCCCGGAGCAGGAGCACCCCCUGCAUUGCUUCCUUUCGUGAUGCUCUUCUUCCUUCACCUCACGGUCACCUCCUCUCCUCUGCCGCCGGACGCGCAACCACAUUCCAGCCACAUCUCCCUCGCGCCCUCCCUCUCACUCUCAGUGCUGCUUUCUUCUCAGCCUCCGCCGCCAGAGUCCCCUGCUCCAACGCCAAAGUCUUCGCCUCCUCUCCCCUCCUCAUCUCCGCCUCCGUCGUCCCCAGGCAGCCCCGUCAUGCCUCCGACUCCGCCGUCGGCAUUCUCCCCUGAGCCCGCGGCGGCCGACGACCUCAUAAGCGGCCAAGACACGACGAAUGGAGCAAGAGGAGGAAGAGGCCGAAUGAGCGGGGGCAUGAAGGCGGGCAUCGCGAUCGGGGUACUAGCGGCGGCGGCAGCUGCCGCAACGCUCGUCGUGGUGUGCUUGAAGCGGCGACGCAACGAACGGCGGUCGGCGUACACCUCCACCGGUCUCUACGAGAUCUUCUGA